AAGAAUAAAUGAACAAACAUCACGUCACCAGAUAAUAUCCAAAACACUGCUCAAGAUUAUUUUACAGCGUCAAUCGGCUAGUAACUUUUUCUGGUUUUUUUUCCCCCUUUUAUCGGUUCGAGACAGGAAGUAGCUCUUGACUGCGCUUCAAGGUUUCUAAAGUGCGGAAAUACGUCCAGGGAAAAGUUCAGCUCGAGCACGGGAAGUUGUGACGUGGUGAAAUAAACUCAUACAACCUGUUGAAACUGGAGCACGCGCUGUAAUUGGUAGAAACUAUCCCCCGUUCUUUUAGGAAAAGAGGUUUGUUUGAGGCAUGAUGGAUAGGAGUGGACGUGACUUUUUGCAUGCGCUUGAUUUCUUCUAGCGAGUGAAAUAUCGCAAGGGCUUUCCCUGUCCUGUGCUUUAACCGUGCACAUGGGGGACGAGAACGACUUCCGUCCGGUUGCUCGCAGCAGAAGGCGCGCGACCAUCACCAGCGCCAAGGGUGAGCUCCUGAAACGUACGAAUGGCGCGAGCUCAACUGAUCCCAGCAGUUUGGCAUGGAUUAAAACCAAACACAAGUGCCAGGAGACACACACCCGGGUUUCAGCUGAGGAGAAGCAGAAGGAUAGUCGCAAUGAUAACCUGAGUUGCCACAGGUUGCAAGAGUCAAUGUUGAGCUCUGCAAGCAGUUUCAAAAAUUACAGAGGCAUUCUCAACUGGUGUGUUGUCAUGCUGACCUUGAGCAAUGCACGUCUGUUCUUGGAAAACCUUCUCAGGUAUGGUGUACUAGUGGACCCCAUUCAAAUCGUGUCAUUGUUCCUGAAGAACCCAUAUAGCUGGCCUGCUGCAUGCCUGGUGAUUGCUUCAAAUUUGUUCAUACUUGUGGCGCUGUACACAGAGAGGAAAUUAGCCACCGCAGCUUUCACUGAGCUGAUUGGAUUGGUUAUUCACAUCAUCAAUCUGACAGUAAUCUUGUGCUUUCCAGUGGCCACUGUACUCUCACUGCCCUCUGUAACCCCAGUUGGCGGUGCCUUCGUGCUGGCCGUCUACACUAUCCUGUUUCUAAAGCUCUACUCAUAUAAGGACGUGAACAGGUGGUGCAGGGAAAGGAUGCAGGCGAAGGCUCGCAGCCUGUCCAGAUCACUGUCAUGUCCAUCGCAACCAUUUACCAGUAGAGAAAUGUACGUGUCUUACCCUGGAAACCUCUCUGUGAAAGAUUUGUAUUAUUUCUUAUUUGCUCCCACACUGUGCUACGAGCUAAAUUUUCCUCGUUGCAAAUCUGUACGUAUGGGAUUUCUGCUCAGGAGGUUGUUCGAGAUGUUGCUGCUCACUCAGCUGUUAGUUGGCUUAACACAGCAGUGGAUGGUACCAAUCAUACAAAGUUCAAUGAAGCCAUUGCAGGAAAUGGAUUUCUCUAGGAUGAUUGAGCGCCUGCUCAGGCUAGCUGUCCCCAACCACUUUCUGUGGUUGAUAUUCUUUUAUUCGUUUUUCCACUCAUCCAUGAAUUUCGUGGCUGAGCUUCUGAGGUUUGGCGAUCGAGAAUUUUACAGAGACUGGUGGAACGCGGAAAGUAUAACUUACUUCUGGCAAAACUGGAACAUCCCUGUCCAUAAGUGGUGCCUUCGACAUUUCUACAAGCCCUUGCUGAGAAAAGGGGCCAGCAAGUUAGUGAGCCAAUCAGCGGUAUUCUUCGCCUCAGCCUUUUUUCAUGAGUAUCUGGUCAGUGUUCCUCUGAGGAUGUUCAGACUGUGGGCAUUCAUGGGCAUGAUGGCUCAGCUGCCAUUGGCAUGGUUUGUGGGCAGGUUUCUCAGGGGUAACUACGGAAAUGCUGCAGUGUGGCUUUCUCUCAUAAUUGGCCAGCCAAUAGCUGUUCUUAUGUACGUCCAUGACUACUACGUCAUCCACCACCUGGAGGAAGCAGCAGAACCAGCACUACUUUAAGUAGCAGUUUAUGUACUGCCACCAGAACCGUCCAGCUCAUAUCUCCACUCAUGCUUUUAUUAAAGUUCUUUUUUUUUUUUUUUAAAACAAGAAGGAGGACCUUCUUAGGCAGCAACUAGUUAUGUGGUGCCUUACUGGGAUUAUUUUAAAUGGUGCAGCACAAACCAAGGAUUUCAAAUUUGUAUGGCAUUACAGAACAUAAGGUUUUUAAACGUUUACCGAUAUUAUAUUUACUGUUUAGAUACUGCAGGUGGAUGUAUUUUGACAUUUUAUAGCAUUAUAGGUAUAGAAUUGGGAGUCUUUUUAAUGAUUUUCUUAAAAAAAAAAAAAAAAAAAAAAAGUGUGGUUGCAAAUGCAAUGUAUUUAGCAUUAAAAAAAUAAACAUUUGUAGACUAUUAUUGGUUAAUUUUAAUAGAAUAUUUUGUUUCUCAGUGUGUUCUGAUGUACUCGGAGCUGAGAAUUCAGGGACUUAAUUGUGUAAAAUCAGGGAGUGCCACCUACUGGUGCUUUGUAUAUCCUAAAGAGUGAAUGAAACUCUUAGGCCAUGUAAUUAUACCUUCAUGUGGAGACAUUCAUCAAACAUAAUUAUAUUCCAUAGAAUAGCAAAUACAGUGUAAUCUCUGACUGUGACAUUUUCUGCAGAUUUGGUCCUUUUAGAGCCAUUUGUUUUCAAGAUGAUGAGGGUGUCAAGUUUCUCCAAUCAGUACAAGUUGGUGAUAAAUGGCUUCGGAGAUAAGUUGUAUAAUAGCUUGUGGUUGUACUGUAUAAACAUCCUUUCUCCAACACUGAGAUGCAGGCAUGAUUUCACACAGCGCUAUCUUAAAGGUUGAUUGCACGUUACAACACUUUGGCCUGUUUAAAACACUGCCUGACUCACGGUACUGGAAGAAUGAUUACAGUGCAGAGAAUCAAUGCCAUUGAUGCAGAGAUGCAGUUUAUCUAUUUUUACCAGUAGCACUGUGCUCCAACCUGCAUCAAGUUUGUUGUAAGUUCUUUAGUUUUGUACCUUUCUGCGUUGCCUGCUACACACUGUAUAUGCCUGUUUACAAAAUGACUUACGAUUGAACAUUGCUUGAUUUUAAAUAUAUUGUUCUGUGUUCUUAGUUCAUUUUCAAUGGCUUUUUGUAAUUUUUUGUCAUUUUGAGAUUGGUCAAAUGAAUAAAGUCAUGAUGGAGGUUUUGGGAUAUGUGAAA